UGGUCAAUUGUGCCCCCCCUCUCAGCAAUUCAUAGCCUUCACCUAUCGCCUCUUCCUUUCUCCUUCCGUGCAGAUUCUAGCCUUCCUGCUUCGGGAACCCUAGAUCGGUACCGCGACCGUCGGUUUCGAUCUCGCGCUUCUUCGGAUGGUUGCCGACGGGGUAUGCAGAGGCGGCUUCUCUGCCCGACCGUCCCUGUUCGCUUCGUCCUCUCUGGCGCAGCCCCCGGCCCCUCCCACCGAGACGGCUUCGACGUCCGUCACCGACACCGUGGACGGAUCGCACCACCUCAAGGUCUCCGGAUACUCGCUGCUUAAGGGGAUGGGCAUCGGCAAAUACACGACGUCGGACACUUUCUCGGUGGGGGGUUACGACUGGGCCAUCUACUUCUACCCCGACGGGAAGAGCACGGAGGACGCUGCGACGUACGUGUCGCUGUUUAUCGCGCUGGCCAGCGAGGGGGCGGAUGUCAGGGCGCUGUUCGAGCUGACGCUGCUGGAUCAGAGCGGGAGGGAGCGGCAUAAGGUACAUAGCCACUUCGGGAGGAGGCUUGAGAGCGGCCCUUACACGCUCAAGUAUCGAGGCAGCAUGUGGGGCUAUAAACGUUUUUUCAAAAGAACUGCCUUAGAGACAUCAGACUACCUCAAAGAUGAUUGUCUCUUAGUUAAUUGUACCGUUGGUGUUGUUAGAUCACACACUGAGGCACCCAGAACCUACAACAUACCAGUGCCACCUUCUGAUAUAGCCCACCAUUUUGGUCGGCUUCUUGAAAGUGGAGAGGGAGCUGAUGUGAGUUUUGAGGUCGAUGGCGAGAUUUUCAGUGCUCACAAAUUGGUACUUGCAGCUCGAUCACCUGUGUUCAUGGCCCAACUUUUUGGUCCAAUGAAAGACAGAAACAUGCAUUGCAUAAAAGUUGAAGACAUGGAAGCUCCAGUUUUUAAGGCUCUACUAUAUUACAUCUACUGGGAUACAGUACCUGACAUGGAAGAGCUUGCUGGUCUGAACACAAAGUAUGCUUCCACUCUAGUGGCUCAACAUUUGCUUGCUGCUGCUGAUCGCUAUGCAUUAGAUAGGCUCAAACUACAAUGCGAAGUCAAGCUGUGUGAGGAUGUUGCCAUACAUACUGUGGCCACGACUCUAGCACUUGCUGAGCAGCACCACUGUUUUCAGCUUAAAUCAGUUUGCCUCAAAUUUGUUGCCUUACCAGAGAACUUGCGAGCUGUGAUGCAAACAGAGGGAUUCGAUUACUUGAAGCUCAGCUGCCCAUCUGUUCUAUCUGAGCUUCUGGAGUACGUUGCCAGAAUUCAAGAAAACUCUGUGAUAUCCAGUGUGUAUGCGGAUGAUGCUCUCGAUGGCAGUGACACAAAUGGAAGGCGUGUGAAACCACGGAUAUGAUGUUUGUACUGCAGCAGGAUGAGUAUAGUUAACAUCCCACUAUUUGUAGGGUUGCAAUUCUUUGGUGUCAACUUAUAGGUAUUCUAGUUGCACUACAAAAUCGCUGGUCCUACUUUAUCACAGAAGAGCCGAGCUUUACUCUUCAAGAGCCCAGUUUGGAUCCUGCACUGUGACCAAAGGGCAUUCUGUAGAAGAGAGGAAAUGUUUUCCAAUGUGUAGAAUUCAAGUUCGGAUCCUUCACCAUUUAAGUGCCAACGUUUCUGUCUGCAUUGUCUCAGUCAAGGACUGAAAAUUAUUCGUCAGUUAACAGUUUGAUGUGCUUUCUUUCGAUAUUAAGGGAUAAGCGUUAUGUGCUCUAAUAAUUUUUUUUUAUUGGAAUUGAUGUAAAAGUAGAAUGAUUAGGAUACAUAAAUUGUGCUGAUCUUGUCUGA